CAAACUCAUUAUCAAAUUUCCACCGGAGAUCUCUUUCACCCCCUUCGUCUUCUUGCGAGGCUCCUUCUCUCCCUCUCCUUUAGCAGCUCUUCCUUGAGUUCUUUCUUCCAUUCCCGCUUUUUCUCCGGAAAGCUUUCCGUUUUCUCUUUGGAAGAACUUACCGGGUUGUUGUUUCCAUCAUCCACCACCAGCUUACUUGGAUGGCAAGGUAGCUUUCUUGCUUGGCAGGAUUUCUAUGAUAAGCGUUGCUGGAUUGCUGAGUUGGGCUAAAAUUGGCGGGUUCGUGGGCUUAAAUGGGUUCGUGGGGCGUGCGCAGUUUCAUUCAUUGUGUUGGUGGGCCGCUUCCAUAAUGGGCUCACAUAAGGGGAAAAUUUUGGACCAUAAUUACGGAAGUGCCACGGGAGUUCGGCCAUCGACACCCAUCCGGCGACGGAGCAAUUUGGACCGCGAAAAUGGGAUUGGCCGCCACCGCCACUAAACCCACACAGCAGAAAACAAAGAAAGGCAUAGGAAGGGUUUUUCAAAAAGUUUUUCCGAUUCAAUCUCAGGAAGCCAUUCUUUCUCUUUUCCCUCUACCGCCAUUUUUCAGAUACCCGGCCGGCCACUUUCGUGCUCUCGCUAGUACAGUAAAGUUCCGGAGCUCCAGAAAUGGCGAGAGCAGCUUGCGCCAACAUCAUCCCCGCCUUAUCUUUCCUCCCGCUGAAAUCGUCCCCCUCGUCGUCUAUCUUCACCAACAGCUCCCGCCUCGUCGGCGUUAUUGGAAUCAGCAGGCGGUUCUCGUCUUCGUCUUCCAAGAUUAGCAUGAGCUUGAAGGCCGGCAUCGUUGGCCUCCCCAACGUCGGCAAGUCCACUCUCUUCAACGCUGUUGUUGAGAAUGGUAAAGCACAGGCGGCGAAUUUCCCGUUCUGUACAAUAGAGCCGAAUGUAGGCGCAGUUGCAGUUCCUGAUCCACGGCUGAAUGUGCUUUCUGACCUAAGCAAAUCUCAGAAAGCAGUUCCUACCUCCAUAGAGUUUGUAGACAUUGCUGGUCUUGUCAAGGGAGCCAGCCAAGGCGAGGGACUGGGCAACAAGUUCUUGUCUCACAUCAGGGAGGUCGACUCUAUCGUUCAGGUCGUGCGGUGCUUUGAGGAUAAUGACAUUGUUCAUGUGAAUGGGAAGGUGGAUCCUAAAGCUGAUAUUGAUGUGAUAAACUUGGAGCUUGUUUUCUCAGAUAUGGACCAGAUUGAGAAAAGAUUGGACAAGCUUAAAAAAGGAAAGGCGAGGGACUCGCAAUCUAAAGCCAAGGAGGAAGCAGAAAAGUCAGGCUUGGAGAAAAUACAAUCUGCUCUCUUGGACGGGAAACCAGCAAGAUCUGUAAGUUUAACAGACUAUGAGAAAGAGGCUAUAAGGCAUCUGUGCUUGCUUACCAUGAAACCUAUCAUAUACGUGGCAAAUGUCGCUGAGAAUGAUUUAGCAGUUCCUGAAGACAAUCCUCAUGUUAAAGAAGUUAUGGGUCUUGCAGCCACAUUGCAAUCUGGACUAGUAACUGUUUCAGCCCAGGUUGAAUCAGAGCUAUCAGAGUUGGCGCUUGAGGAAAGAACGGAAUACUUGACAUCACUUGGUGUAAGUGAAAGUGGACUGGGAAAUCUUGUAAGGGCGACUUAUGACCUUUUAGGAUUGCGUACCUAUUUUACUUCGGGUGAGAAGGAAACUAAAGCAUGGACCAUUCGAGCAGGAAUGACUGCACCACAGGCUGCUGGAGUUAUACACUCGGAUUUUGAAAGAGGUUUUAUUCGAGCUGAGACGGUUGCAUACAAUGAUUUUGUUACUGCUGGUUCACUUGCAACAGCAAGGGAAAAAGGACUUUUGAGAUCCGAGGGUAAAGAAUACAUUGUCCAAGAGGGAGACGUAAUGUUGUUUCGUUUCAACGUCUAAUGGCAAGUGCUUCCAAGGUACUCCUUCGUUGAAUUUCAUUAGCUUCAGCUCCACAAUACCUUCUCCAAUUCAUAUAGUUGAAUCGAAUCGUGAAUUGCGAUUCAAACCAAGAUGAAAAGGUACUCUGGACGAUCUUUUCGUCAAUACAGGCAGAAAGUUCCCCCCCUAUACAUUACAUUCUUUCUUCAUGAUUUUGUACGGAGAGGCAUCAGAGAUAGAAUGUGAACAUUGUUAGACCGGGAAGACGUAAACCAAUUGUCAGGCUACGAUGUGUAAUUGAAAUGUUAUAUGCUGCUUUUUUUGUUUCGCCCCUUUGUCAAUCUACGAUGUGGAAUUGAAAUGUGGUGAACUGAAAAGAGAGUUAAGGUGUCAUGAUCAGAAACUCAUCAGAAGGGGGGGGAAAAGGCAUGAGUUCUAUCUGGUUAGCUAUCCAAUGACCCCAAAUUUCUUAGCUUCUUGUGUCUUGAUGAUGUGAUGGAUGUUAUGUGUUUUUGCUUCUAAGCAAUCCCUUAGGGGAUUGUUAGCUGGCAAGCUUAGCUAAGAGAGAUUCCUUCAAUUACUUUCCAACACCAAACAUACUUUGGUUCUUUAAUGUCAUCCUGCAGGUGCUGGUAAGUGGUAAUUAGGUCCCACUGUUGUGUGUGUGUGUCUCAAUGUUGUUUGUUCGAUUGCCAGCAUGGUAAUGAUGUGAUCAAACUCCUAUGAUAUCACUUGGGAUAAUGAUAAUAAUCAUUAAAAUCAUACGAAAUAAGACGUAUUUGUAGAUGUAUUGUUUGAUUCAGUGCAUUUGGAUUCGAAAUCAUCUUCCAGAAUGCAUAUGUUGAUUGACUCUCCUGUCAUCUAUGAUACGAGAAAUGCUGUCUCAUGUGCAUACACCUAUCUAUCCCUCCCUCUUUUUUCUCGCUCUCUUUCCAUUCAAUAGGGGGGGAAAGCGAUAGGAUGGGGAGUGAGUUAUCAAAACUGAGACGAGGUAAUGUGCAAUCAGCUUGUUUUGCGGGUCUCGCCAUUUUUGGUUAGGUGGUGAAAACCCUAAUUUACAUGUACACAACUAGUGGUCAUGCAAGUACGAUAAACACCUAUACAGUGUUUGUGCAUGGUUUGCUGUCAGCUGUGAGUGCGACUUGUGAACCCAAGUGAAAAGAAAAUGGCAUCUAACAAGAACAAAGUGUUUGUGUUUCACUUUGUGCAUUGAAUUGACCAUUCCAUCAAUUCGUUAGGGAUUUCACAUAGGGUAGAGUCCUUAGCUAGAGGAGAGUGCUACCUGACUGUUAGUUUUGCCUUUAAUGGGUUUGGUAGUGUCUAUUUAUGCUUAUACAUGGUCGAAAACACAUGAAUCUUUUUUUUUUAUUACGAAUAUCUUUCGUCGAAAUUAAGUUAAAUAAAAUACUUGCAUCAUAUUCCGCUUACUAAUACACCCCCUCAAACGAAAGCUAAUCACCUCAUAAGGGCUUUCGUUUGCAUAUGUCCUGAACAUUAGAAUACAUGUGUUUCACAAAUGGGAUCACCGGGAUUCAAACACAAAGCCUCUCGGUCACAUAAAGCUCUGGUACCAUGUCAAAAAGCAGUUAAUCCCAAUAACUCGAAUUGUUGGGA